AUCUCUAUCUCUCUCUAUCUCUAUCUCUAUCUCUAUCCUCUUCAAAACAUUGAAAUUUCUUCUUUAUGUUUUUUAUUCCAUUUCAAGAUCCAAUAUUCUUUCUCCAUUGAGAUUAAAGUUUCUUUCUUCUUCUUGUUUCUCUAUAGAUCUACUACGACCCAUUUUGGUUCCUUUUUAACAGUAGUAAUGAUGUUAGAGAUGGAUUACGCUAAGAAAAUGCAGAAAUGUCAUGAGUACGUUGAAGCACUUGAACAAGAACAGAAAAAAAUCCAAGUCUUUCAACGCGAGCUUCCUUUAUGUUUAGAACUCGUUACUCAAGCGAUCGAAGCUUGUCGGAAGGAGCUAUCUGGUACGACAACAUCAGAACAGUGUUCUGAACAGACCACAAGUGUUUGCGGUGGUCCUGUUUUCGAGGAGUUCAUUCCAAUCAAGAAGAGAUCGUUGUGUCAAGAAGAUGAUGAUGAAGAUGAAGAAGAACAUGAAUCUUCUCCGGAACUUAAUAAGAAAUCUGAUUGGCUUAGAUCUGUUCAGUUAUGGAAUCCAUCGCCGGAUCUUAACCCAAAAGAGGAGCGUGUAGUUAAGAAAGCGAAAGUGGUGGAGGUGAAACCAAAAAGCGGUGCGUUUCAACCGUUUCAGAAGGAGAAAAAACGCGUUUUGGAAACUGAUUUGCAACCGGCGGCUGUGAAAGUUGUCAGCUCGGCACCGGCGCCGGCGACGACGACUAGCUCCACGACGGAAACUGGUGGUGCUAAAAGUGAUGCGGAUAAAGUUGGAGAGGAGCAGAUACAGAUGCUACCGCAGCAACAAUCGCAAUCCCAGACGCAUAGAAAGCAAAGACGGUGCUGGUCACCGGAAUUACACCGGAGAUUCCUAAACGCGCUUCAACAGCUCGGAGGAUCUCAUGUUGCUACGCCUAAACAGAUUAGAGAUCAUAUGAAAGUUGAUGGAUUAACAAAUGACGAAGUUAAAAGCCAUUUACAGAAAUAUAGACUUCACACAAGAAGGCCAGCGACAGCGGUGGCGGCACAGAGUAAUGGUAACCCGCCACAGCCGCAAUUCGUGGUGGUCGGAGGCAUAUGGGUGCCGUCGCCACAAGAAUUUCCUCCACCGUCCGAUGUAGCCAACAACGGUGGUGGUGUAUAUGCUCCUGUCGCGGUGGCGCAGUCUCCCAAACGUUCGUUGGAGAGAAGCUGUUCCUCGCCGGCUGCAUCUUCCUCUAUAAAUACAGCCACAACUCCUGUGUCAUAGUUAAGUCCAUGAUUUUGUAGGUUUUGAUAAUGUCAUGUGAGAGAGUGAAGAAAAUUUUCGUCUUGUUUUGUUUUUGUAACCAAGAAAUGUGUUUUCCAUAGGGUUUUGAAUAAAAUAGACCAAUGUUAUAUAUAUAAAAUACAUGUCUCGUAACGCCUAAGCUAAGGUCUAAUCACCUCCUUGAA